UGAAUAAACUGCUGAAAGAAGAAUCCUGUGUCGUGUUUCCCUUGCUGGCGAGGGGUCGUGACACUCCAGUACUACGAAAAAGAAAUGAAAAGAAGGAAAAAGAGUCAAGCCCUCUUCCUGUGAUGCACUAUCUUUGGCAGCUAGAAAUGAGAGUGGAGGAAGAUGAUUUGUCUUUGCUGACAGCUCUGCUGGAGGAAAAUGAGUCAGCCUUGGCUUGUAAUUCAGAAGAAAGUAACUCCUUGCCCCAGGAAGAUGGUAAACCUGACACGUUCGACGAACUCUUUGAUGCUGAUGGUGAUGGUGAAUCGUAUACAGAAGAGGCUGUUGAUGAAGUGGGAAAGAUGGAAGACCAGAAAGAAAAUUUGGCCACUCUCUUUGGGGACAUGGAGGACUUAACAGAUGAGGAAGAAGUUCCUACAUUGCAAACAACUGAAAACAAAGUCCUCCUGACUCCUGCACCUAGUCAAGAGAAAACCAAUCAGGAGUUACAAGAUGAAUUAAGGAAGUUGCAAGAGCAAAUGAAGUCCUUACAGGAACAGCUAAAAGCAGCAUCACUUAAACAGCCUUCAAGUCCAGCCCUUCCACAUAAAUCCCCUGAAAGUAAGUCUCCACGGCCCCCUCUUAAGGAGAAGAAAGUUCAGAGAAUUCAAGAAUCAACAUGCUUUUCUGCAGAGCUUGAUGUCCCUGCCCUACCAAGAACCAAGCGAGUAGCUCGGAAACCAAAGACUUCUACAGAGGCCAAGAGCUCAUUUUCAAGGAUGACAAGUGCCCCCUCCCAACCACUCCAAACUGUUCCUGGGAACAAACCUAGUAGGAUAACUAGAGAGCAGAGCUUGGGGACACCAGAGAAUUCUGGAGCACUACCAGCUCAGCAGGUCUCUGUGGAAGCCUUCUCUGGCCUGCUACUCAGGCGACCUAGAGUAUCCUCCACAGAAAUGAACAAGAAAAUGACUGGCCGAAAAUUAAUCAGACUGUCUCAGAUAAAGGAAAAGAUGGCAAGUGAGAAACUGGAAGAAAUGGACUGGGUGACAUUUGGAGUUAUAGUGAAGAAAGUCACUCCACAGAGUACUAACAAUGGGAAAACAUUUAGCAUUUGGAGACUAAAUGAUCUUCGUGACCUCAUGCGAUAUGUGUCAUUAUUCUUGUUUGGGGAAGUUCAUAAAGGACUCUGGAAAACGGAGCAAGGUACUGUCAUCGGAUUGCUAAAUGCUAAUCCCAUGAAGCCCAAGGAUGGUUCAGAGGAGGUAAGAAUGUUGUGCUUGUCUAUUGAUCAUCCUCAGAAGGUUUUAAUUAUGGGUGAAGCUCUUGACUUGGGAACAUGUAAAGCCAAGAAGAAGAACGGAGAGCCUUGUACACAGACUGUUAAUUUGAAUGACUGUGAGUACUGUCAGUAUCAUAUCCAGGCUCAGUACAAGAAACUCAGUGCAAAGCGAGCUGAUUUGCAAUCCACCUUCUCCGGAGGACGUAUACCAAAGAAAUUUGCACGCAAAGGUGCCAGUCUAAAAGAGCGCCUGUGUCAAGAUGGUUUUUACUAUGGAGGAGUGUCUUCUGCAUCAUAUGCAGCUUCCGUUGCUGCGGCUGUUGCUCCUAAGAAGGUUCAAACUACUUUAAGUAAUCUGGUUGUGAAGGGCACAAACUUGAUCAUUCAUGAAACUCCGCAAAAACUAGGGUUCAUGGGAAGCUCAAAACCUGACAUCCAGUCUAUCUCAGCAUCAGCCCUCCUGAAACAGCAGAAGCAGAAAAUGUUGGAGAUGAGGAAGAAGAAAUCAGAAGAAAUUCAGAAAAGAUUUCUUCAAAGCUCCAGCAAAGACCAGAGACCAGCUGUUCCAUGCUCAUCUCAGCUUCCCACUUUUCAGUCUCUGAGAAUAGGGGCUGAGUUCCCAGGGCUGGAAGGCACAGUGGCCACACAAGUGCCUAAGCUUGGCCGAGGCAUCUCAGAAGGGGAAGAUGUUCUCUUUUUUGAUGAGUCACGACCACCAGGACCAAAACUGAGUGCAGUUGCAGAAGCUAAAAAGGUAACUGGGAACAGGGAUGCUUUGCUGUCUCAGAUUUCUCUGUUACAUUUAACAUUUUUUCUUUCUGCUCUAGCUGAGGAUGAAUUGGAGCCUACCAAGAAAAAAAGGAGAGAGCAACGAUCUUACCUGGAAUCUGAGGAAUUCCAGAAAAUUCUAAAAGCAAAAUCAAAGCACACAGGCAUCCAGAAAGAGUUGGAGGCUGAGCUUCAGGAAUGCUAUUUCGAGCCACUGAUGAAAAAAGAACAAAUGGAAGAAAAGAUGAGAAGCAUCAGAGAAGUGAAGUGUCGAGUAGUGACGUGUAAGACAUGCGCCUACACCCACUUCAAACCUUUGGAGACGUGUGUCAGCAAGCAACAUGACUACCACUGGCAUGAUGGCAUCAAGAGGUUUUUCAAGUGUCCCUGUGGAAACAGAAGCAUCUCCCUUGACAGGCUCCCAAAGAAGCACUGCAGUAAUUGUGGCCUCUACAAAUGGGAAUGAGAUGGAAUGCUAAAGGAAAAGACUGGUCCAAAGAUUGGAGGAGAAACCCUAUUGCCAAGAGGAAAAGAACAUGCUAAAUUUCUGAAUAGCCUUAAAUGACCCUAACUUCAGAUAUUUUUUUCACAACCUGUCUUGCUUCUUGUGGGUCUGGAAAAGCAAGGGACUGGCUCUGCAUUGCCCAUAUUGCUGAUUGACACCAUUAGAAACAAAAACUUGUUAAUAAGCCCAUCCACUUUCCUUAAUUACUUUCCUCUGUUGUAUUAAUUUUACACCAAAUAUAACUUUGACUUACAGGUGGAAAAUCAAGAUGUCCUCAUCUUUCCUGUUCUCACUUUAGAUGACUGCAUUACUGCAUUCACAUAAAUUUUUGGAGUUACUCCUUAGUUACACUAAAUCUUGGAGGGCUUUCCUUUGAGGUGUUUAGAACAUUGAGCAAUGAGUGGGUGGGCCAGGGGUACAGCACAGGUGGGGGAACUUACUUGUAGGCCUUGAAAACAUUCCUAAUGAGAUCAGUCUUUUAAUCCUGUUUAUCAACAUGUAUUAAAUGCUUUCACACAAACCUAA